UGACUGCAGCCGCAGGUCGCUACUUGAUUAGAAAUGCCGUUGUUUUGUUGGUGUUUUAAGGUGUAUCUGAGUGAGUUAUGUCAGAAUUUUCUCUCGUAUUUACUCAGGAUGAGGUUAAGGCUCCUGCGAAGGCGGGUCUUUAUUCCACAACGAGUUUUUUUUAUUGUAUUCGUUUAAACUAGUGCGCGGCAGACAUGGUGUGGAAAACUUUCAUUCUAGCUUUGCUCCUUAACAUUUCCGAAACUUCAGGCACUUCCUAUGUCGUCACAGUUGAUGUGCAAAGGCCGACAGGAGAUCUUAAACACUUCUGGAGAAGCACUGGUUUCUGCCCCCCGCUCCCUCACACACGCCAUAAGUAUGACCUGAGCAUUGACCAGCAGCUGAAUUUGGCCUAUGUGGGUUCUGUCCCUCAUGGAGGGAUCCAGCAGGUCAGGAUACACUGGAUGCUGGAGCUGUGACUGCACAGUAAGUGAACUAGCAGGUGGAGACCUCAAGAUAUUGGAGGAAACCUCAGUAUAAACUUCACUAAACUGGACCAGCUGAUAGAACUGUUGUUGAAUGGACUCCAACCAGGAUUCGAACUGAUGGGAAGUGUCUCAAACUACUUCACUGUUGAGGACAAAUCACAAGUGGUUGAGUAGAAUCUGAUUUAUCUCAUAGCCAAGAGGUACAUCGACAAAUAUGGCUGGGAAGGUUUCUCUGUGAACUGAACAUGGAAUGAGCCCAACCAGGACUUUGAUAAUGUUACUGUUUCAAUUCAAGGGUUUCUAAACUACUAUGAUGCCUGUUCGGAGGGUCUCCGUGCUGCCAGUACUCUGCUGAGGUUUGGAGGUCCAGGAGACUCUUGUCACACUCCUCCACACUCCCCAUACUGCUGGGCCAUGCUGCAGCACUGCUACAAUGGCACUAAUUACUUCAGAGAGACUGGGGUCAGGCUUGACUAUAUAGCCCUGCACAAAAAGGGAGGAGGCUACUCCUUGCCCAUUCUCCAGCAGGAGAUCCAGACUGUAGGGGAGAUCCAGGAGCAUUUCCCAGAGUUCCACAGCCUGCCUGUUUACAACGAUGAGGCCGAUCCUCUGGUAGGGUGGUCCAGGCCUCAGGAAUGGAGGGCUGAUGCGACCUAUGCUGCAAUGGUGGUAAUGGUUAUAAACCAGCACCAGGAUUUGUUGCUAGCAAACCCAAACAACACCAUCAACUACACCCUGCUGAGCAACGACAAUGCCUUCCUCAGCUACCACCCACACCCCUUCACCCAGCGCCCACUGACCGCCCGCUUCCAGGUUAACAACACUCAGCCCCCUCAUGUCCAGCUCAUCAGGAAGCCUGUCCUCACAGUCAUGGGCCUACUGGCUUUGCUAGGAGAGACCCAGCUCCUGGCUCAGGUUCUGAACUCAUCAGGAAGCCACAACAGCACUGGAGUUCUCGCCAGCAGCCACAAGCCCAAUCCAGGUGGCUCAGACAGCUGGCAGGCAGCAGUGUUGGUGUACAACAGUGAGGACAACAGCACCUCCAACAACACUGAUGAUGUCACAGUCUCACUAAAAGGACUGCCUGUGCAAAAAGGUCUUGUGUAUGUCACAUAUUACAUGGACAAUAAUGUAACCAACCCAUACCAGAUGUGGCAGAACAUGGGCAGCCCUGAUUACCCCACAGCAGAGCAGUUCAGACACCUCAGGAGUGUGGAGGGCCCCCAUACUGACGGACCCCGAGAAGUUCCUGCAGGAGACACUCUGAUUCUGAAAGCCAAAUUGCCGGUGCCCUCCGUCCUCCUCAUCCACGUCUGUGCGCGACCAAAAUCUGUCCCAGAUCAGGUCAACGGGUUACGCUUCAUUGGGAUCACUAAAGGCCAAGUCCUUAUUAUCUGGUCUGACCACUGUGUCAAUUCGAGAUGCAUCAAAACAUAUGAAGUGGAAUUAUCCACAGGCCACAAGGGAUUCAGCAAAAUUAAUACCCACAACACUAUUUUUACUUCUUAUGUCUAUUCACCAGUGGACCAGGAGGUUGGUGGUCUGUACAGAGUUCGAGCUGUGGACUACUGGGGAAGGCCCGGCCCGUACUCGCUGUCAGAGAGGUAUUCAGAAGAGUAUUAGUCCAGUCCAACAUCAAGUCUGCUGGCUUUUAAGUUAUGUUUCUGAAUAGUUUUGUGUAAUGUUAAUAUGUUUCACAUGAGCUGGUAUGUUACAUGGUAUGCAUCGUGUGAUUAAUAAAGCACUGUCCAGUCCCAUUAUAAACAUGCACUGGGCUCUAUUUGACUGUAAUAUAAGAAUAGACUACAGCAACAGUUGCAACUUGCGUAUUUUAUUUUCCUAAUUU